AUGACACCACUUCUUCGUUCAAGUAAAAAAGGCAGCCAACAAUUCAGAGAGCUCUAUGAAGGGCUUAAAAACGGCAAAAUAAAUGUGAAAACGGUGUGGCUGCAGGUCACUUCUCCCAUCAACUGGGGCUCGAACAGCAAUGAGAACAUCUAUUUUUUGAACGACAUCAUAUCCAUGGCUAAGUACUAUAGCGUUAGAAUUGGCUUUUACACAAACGUUUACGAUUGGAAUCAAAUCACUAAAGGCGCUACAGUAGAUGGAGCAAUGCUAUGGUAUCAAAAACUAUCCUUACAUUUGUGUCAGCUUACAGCGAUCACACGCUUGUUACAGUACUAUAGCGUCAGAAUUGGCUUCUACACAAACGUUUACGAUUGGAACCAGAUCACUAAAGGUGCUACCGUAGAUGGAGCAAUGCUAUGGUAUUGGAACAUCAACGGUGGAGGCCCAAGUGGUGAAACACCUGCCAACUUUAACGAUUUCCGCCCGUUUGCAAAAUUUACGAAGCCAACAAUGAAACAGUUUGGGCAGAUGGAACAAGUGUGUGGAGUUACAGUGAACAGGGACGUUUACUUACUGGAGAAGUCGAAUCACAUCCUUGCUGACUUAAAGGAGAAACAAAGCGAUGAGCUAAUUGUUGGCAACCUUGGCACCAACAAAUUUACAGAACUGCUAUCAACUGCAUGA